AAUAUCAAACGCCUAAAGAAAAAUGUUAUAUAAAAAGAGUUACCGUAAAAACCGUUGGUACGGUUCCAAAUCGAAAUUUACAACUCGCGUUUCUAGUGACUUUACGUUAUCACCUGGUUGCGAAUAAAAUUCCCAACAUCGUUACUUAUUCGUAUAUGUCAUUGGUUGCUCGGAUAGUGACGAUAUAGUUCUCUUUAAAAAUAAAAAAGCCUGAAAAGUUUCGUUUCGAAAAGAAAAUGCCAGAAAGGAUUAAAAUUGACGAACCUCUUUGGGAUCAGAACUCGUUUAUUGGGCGAUUUAAGCAUUUUUUAUGGGUGACCGAUUUCCGGACGUGCGUUUGUAGCGAAGACGAAUUAAUUAAGGCGAAAAAUUUGGUCGAACAAUAUCGUCUAGGAAAAGAACCUCCUGGAACUACCGUUGACCAAGUUGUUUAUGCUAAAAAAUUAUACGAGAGUGCUUUUCAUCCCGAUAGUGGAGAAUUACAAAAUGCCUUUGGAAGAAUGUCUUUUCAAGUACCUGGUGGUAUGGCCGUAACGGGGGCUAUGUUACAAUUUUAUCGAACUGCUCCGGCUGUAGUUUUUUGGCAAUGGGUUAAUCAAUCUUUUAACGCUUUGGUAAAUUUUACAAAUCGGAAUGCAAAAUCUCCAAUAAGUACCACUCAAUUAGCGGUGGCUUAUGUUUCUGCAACGGCUUCCGCUAUGAUAACCGCAUUGGGUUGUAAAACGUACUGGCAAAAAAAUGCCGGACCAUUCAUACAAAGAUAUGUACCUUUUGCUGCGGUCGCAGCCGCGAAUUGCGCUAAUAUUCCUUUGAUGCGUCAAACGGAGAUAAUGUACGGCAUUGAUGUUGCUGAUGAUAAAGGGAAAAUUGUUGGACAAUCAAGAUUGGCGGCCGGAAAAGGGAUCUCUCAGGUUAUAAUUUCAAGAAUUGUUAUGUGUGCCCCAGGGAUGUUAAUUUUACCUGUAAUAAUGGAAAGAUUGGAAAAAUUUAAUUGGAUGAAGAAAAUUCAACCGUUACACGCACCAAUUCAAGUUAUGUUUGUCGGUUGCUUCUUAGUAUUUAUGGUUCCAACGGCUUGUGCUCUUUUUCCACAAAAAUGUUCAUUGAAAACUUCAACAAUCGAAUGGCUUGAACCAGAGCAAUACGCAAAAAUUAAGGAAACAUGUGGAGCUAACAUUCCUGAAAGGGUUUAUUUCAAUAAGGGCUUGUAAAGCAAUCCUUUUUAGAUUGUUUUAACUUAAUAAUGAGAAUCAAUAGUCCUAAAUUGCGACAAUAGUAAUAUCUUAGAAACUUAAAUUUGACUUAAAAAAGCCUUUAAAGGGCUUUACAGUACUUGAUUUAAGAACUCAUUUUUUACAGAUCUUUUUAGAUGAUUUUGAAUCUUUAUACUUUUCUUGCCAAGAGAAUUAAGUACGUUUUUUAUUGUUAUUAAUUUAUUUAUAAAUCUAUUACAAUAAUAGCAAUUAUAUGCUCACUAUCUUUCAUCAGGUGAUUUAAGCAAUAAUUUAUUAACCUGUUUAUAUAUACAAAUCGUUUUUAUUUCGUUGUUAUAUUUCAAUGUAAUUUUAUUUGGAGAUUAAUUAAAAAUUA